AUGUACAUAGUCGAGAUUCCAGAGCUUUCAGCACAGGUGGCAAUCACGCCAUGUCCGGGAAAACGACAGCGGGAUCUGGGGGCAGACCUGGAUGUUGUGAAAGCCUGGGGUGCUCAAGCAGUUGUCACGUUGGUUCAGGAUGACGAGCUUCGCAUGCUGAGCGUGCAGGAUAUGAAGAAAGCUGUAGAGGGCCGCAAGAUGACGUGGUUUCAUUGCCCAGUGCCCGACUUCAGCGCACCAGGGAUGUUCUUUGAAGGUUGCUGGGUUCAGCGUGGCGACGGUGCGCAGGUGAGGCAGAUCUUGCGUGAUGGUGGCAAAGUAGUUGUGCACUGUCGGGGUGGGAUUGGCCGAGCAGGUACUGUUGCUGCACGCUUGCUCAUCGAACUCGGUGUUGCUGAUCCUCAAGAAGCACUGCAUCGAGUACGUAGUGCGCGUCCUGGUGCAGUGGAAACAUGGGACCAGGAAAACCACGUCCUAAAGGUCAAGGCCAUACAAGAGUAG